AUUCGAUUCAUGGACGUCGAACAGCUACGUAACGGCUUGGUAACGGCCAUCGCCACCCUACAAGUUAGGUAUGCGUCAGUGUGAAAUGUGGUGAAGUAGUGGUUCUGCGAGGCGAGAAAUUUCUGGGCGUCGUAAGGCUAAGCAGCAAGAGUGUGUUGCAAUAAGGAGGGACUUGCCGCACGUAAAAAUACACGUCGCGGUUCGUUCAAUGCCGCAUUCUGCCUAAGUACACUAUAAAGGAGCGAUACUGCCCGGCGCGAGUUUAACCUCAACUCUAGUACUCUAUAGAAGUGCAAAAACGGUUUUCACACAACACGAUGGAGAUCCUGCAAAAUAUUUCAGCGGGAUUUUGGUCCCCUGACAUUUGGUUGCCGCCGAACACGACGUGGGCCGAUCUCACGCCCACCGCAGACAACAACUUCCUAGAUUACAGACACUUGAUUUUCCCCAUAAUAAUGUCCAUCGGUAUGCUGGGCUUGCGAUACGUCCUCGAACGGUUCUGGUUUGCUCCGUUUGGCAAAUCGCUAGGCAUAAAAAAUACAAGACCAAAGAAAGCUUCACCGAAUGUGAUAUUAGAAAAAGCUUACACCGGAAAGAAGAUAAAACACAAGCAGGUGCUCGCCUUAGCAAAACAGCUAGACUGGUCUGAGCGACAAGUUGAAAGAUGGUUGAGACUCCGCAGAUCCCAAGACAAGCCUUCGACGUUGACAAAAUUCUGCGAAAAUAGCUGGAGAUGCUUGUACUACACUUAUUCUUUUACUUUCGGUCUGACUAUAUUGUGGGACAAGCCCUGGCUAUGGGAAAUAAAAAAUUGCUAUUACAAUUACCCCUUUCAUCCCGUCACUAGCGAUGUAUGGUGGUACUACAUGGUCUCAAUGGCGUUUUACUGGUCGCUAAGUUUCUCGCAGUUCUUUGACGUCAAACGAAAAGAUUUUUGGCAAAUGUUCAUUCAUCAUAUUGCCACUAUAAUCCUCAUGUGCUUUUCAUGGAUCGGAAACUUGACCAGAAUUGGUUCUCUAGUCCUAUUGGUGCACGACUGCGCUGAUAUAUUCUUAGAAGCAGCAAAAAUGGCAAAGUAUGCUAACUACCAAAAAUUAUGUGAUUUCAUAUUUGUUAUCUUCACCAUCCUCUGGAUUGUUACAAGAAUGGGUGUUUAUCCAUUCUGGAUUAUUUACAGCACAACGAUAGAAGCACCAAAAAUUGUGCCUAUGUUCCCUGCGUAUUUCAUAUUUAACGCGUUGUUAAGUUUAUUACUUGUACUGCACGCGAUAUGGACAUGGCUGAUUUUGAAAAUCGCGUACAACGCAUUUUACGCUGGACAGAUGGAAGGUGAUAUACGGAGCAGUAGUAGCGAAGACAUAUCAGAUUCCCUGAUGAAUUCUUCCACCACAAACAACUCGAACGAACCUCAAAAAGUAAAAGUAAAUCAAAGGGAAAAGCAGCAUUAAAAAGAACAAACAUUAUGAUUACAGAGAAAAGGAGCUGUAAUCGAGUGUUUGUAUGACUUUUUGAAAAUUACAAUGAUGCAAAAUACAAUACGUGAACUCGUGAUAAUGUAGAUUUAAAAAAUGCCAGCUUAUCUAAUGGCAGGAGCGUCUGAACUACAUCUCAUUGCAUUUAUUGUAUAUCUAGGUACAAAGAGAGGGUAAAAUUUAACUACAUUUUUAUAUUCAUAGUUCAUGAUGAAGUGAUGCGGUAAAAAAACACAAAAAAAAAAAAAAUCAAACACUUUUUUCCUAAAGAAGCUGGAAAUUAUUUAUUUAUAUUAAUAAAUAUAAGGCAAAAACAAAAGAAAUAUUUACUCCUGGCACGAGCUGACCCAAAGAAAAUUAAUAUUCGCUCAUUUUAUAUUACUUAAAUUUUUAAUAAAAAUGUUUGUUCUUUUUUAGCAUGAAAUAUUUUAUUUUCAAUGUUAAAAAAUGGCGUAACACAGUUCUUAACUCUCUAAUCACACAAUUUUUCUCUUUCCAAUCUUCCCACAUUCAAAUUACCUCAAAGUACAAAAAAUAAACUAUCCCUGUAAAGGUAAACCUUGACAUUUUUUUUUUCACUCUUUCCAUCAACUUAGACAGGCAUUAAAAUAAAAUCCAUCAUUUCUUACUUUAAAUAUUACCUAAGUAUUCGUAUGUAUAGCACAGUAUGAGAUAUAUGUAUAAAAUUAAUUGCUUACAGUAAAAUUGAACAAUUUAAAUCCAAUACUCCUAAUUCUAUAUUUGUAUUUCAGAAUUCUUUCUCAGAAAUGUCGAGCUACGAACAAAUCUAUGCAGCUGCAUAGAUAUACUAAAUUAUUUUUAAAGUGUAAACUGAUUAAGUAAUUGGAAAAACUCUGACAUUGGCAUUUAAAUGUAGAUAAGAUCAGCAAAAAGAAAAAAGAAAGUAGUGAGGCUUGUAAAAUGGUAUUAUUAAUUUUAAUGAACAUAUAUGUAUCGCAAAUAACUCCGUUGUUUAUGAUCUACUGUUAUAAUUUUGUAAUUGGAUAUCAGGAAAGCAAUGCUUUGUGAAAUCCAUUUACCCUCCAACUUGUAGAAUAAACAUGAGAUAAAAAAAGUAUUUAUAAACGCGUAGGUACAACUCAAUCAUAUGUGG